CAAGCAGCUAGCAAUAAUCCCUCUACUGACAGAGUAUUUCAAGGAAGAUACCGAUCUGUUAUACUUGGUGAUGGACAGUGCAACUGCAUUGAAGGACAUGGAAGCAGCACUGUCCGCCACAACUCCAACACUGAUUGUCCUGGGCAGAUCACUAUAUGAUCGUGCAGCUAGCUGCAAAAUAUUCAUUGAGAAGAAGGCAUGUGUUGACGUCGAUAACGUUCUCCAAGGUUUUUUGGUUGUUUUCCUGGCGUACUUUGUUUUUGGAUUGAAAUACCCCAAACAAUUGAAAAGUACCCUUGAGUUUAUCCAACGUGUGUUUCUGGACAUCAAUCCGGAGAAAGGGAGGAAACAGGUGGAAGGACCAGGACGUCAAAGGACAUUAAUAGACAGCAAGUGCAAUACACUUUCUGAAAAUCUGGCGACUUUUCGCGAGAAAGAUGUUGGAAUUUGAAUUAAACUUUGUGCAAGCAUCACGACCUCUCAACAAUUCAUAAUUGUUCUUCCAAUAUUAUAAACGAAUACGUAGAAUCAAAAUAAUUGUAAUCGUAGUUUUUGAGAUAGUCAGAGCUUGAUGAUGAAUGUAUUUGUCAUUGCAGAAUAACAUGAGAUAUAAUUCAAAAUAAUAUAAUUCUGAGGUCAACUGCAUGUUAAACGACUGAUUUGUGUAACUUUUACAUUUGACAUUUUCGUUUAUUCCGUUUCAGGAAAUUUUUCAAAUAUAUAUUUUGUAACUAUUUAUCUAUACUGUA